AUGCUCCCAAAGGACGAGAAGAAACAUCGAGUUUUGAGGCAUCUAGUGAGGAUGGGAUCCGAGGUGGUGAAGAGAUUUUUGGACGUGGCUAGAAGCAUGGAGAAUGAGGAUCGAGGAAGCGUCGAAAAGAAGCUGCAUCACCUGCGGGGGAUUUUGGGAAACCCUCAUCUCACCACCACUGAUUUUCUGGACAACCUGCAGCUUGUGAAGGAUGGAGUUUGUAGCUUUGCAGAAUUUCGAGGGAAACUUGAAAGUGCUGUAAGGAAGAAGACACUGACGGCCUCGUUCGCUAGCAUUGCCCAGGAGGAUGAGGAAGUUAUUGUGCGUGAAUUCUCCGAGUGUAUCACUGAGGAUGCUCUCAAGCCAUACAUGAAGUUGAAGAAUGCCGAAAAGAGCGGAGAGUGGAGAAAUUACGUGCAGAUUUGCUUGGGGGGCCAUGGAACUCAAAAAACCCAAACAACAGGAAACAUCGAGCUUAGGAUCAUUCCCGGAAACCCGAUGGAAGUGACAGAAGGAUCUUUCAAUCAACCUUUCUGCGCGGCAGUGUUCUCCAAUGAGGUCGUCGAUGUCGAUCGAUGUCUGCUGGGGCUUCGCAACCACCAAGGCCGCUGCAGGGGAGAGAAAAAAAUUCCCAUAGCCUAUGUGACAGACAGCCUUUGCGAGGCGGCAAGGAUUGAGCAGGCACUUCAUCAGCAUAAUUUGAAAACACAGUCAGCCGUGCUAAGAAAGGCCGAAAGUAAAGGACCCCUCUUCGUGCAAGCUCACAUGCAUUGUGUGAUUGCCAGCAGCUCGGAGAUUCCCUUGUCGACAUCAGUCAUCGAUAUGAAGGAUCUCCUGGAGAGCCUCGGGAAGCCGAACCAAUGGAUUCUCUCCAAUGUUAAAGACUUGAAAGUUUCAGACCUCCCAGAGUCCUUGAAAAUGUUAUCUCUGGUUGAGUUGGAUUUGGUUCUGGUGGGAGAAGGGAAGAAACACCCAGGCGAUGCUCAAGAGGAUCCUCCAGAUACCCCCAAGCAGAGAGAGAGCAACUCCAAUGGGGACAAACAUUUUGAAUUCGAAACUGAGGAUGCGAUUGGGGACAUCACAGCAGAGGAGUUCCUGGAGAACGAAGACACCGACAUAUUUGGUCAUGAUUUCAUCCAUCUCAGCUCAUCAUCGGUCAUACCCCUUGAAACACAUGGAUCAAAAUGAGGGAAUGGAAUGAGUCAUGGAGAAUCUUUAAGCCAUGGAUAUUACCAAGUAACUCAGGAAAACAGGAACCGAGGCCGCACAAGGAAUCGGAAUCCAAUGAGAUAGCAUCGGAAGGCAACGGGUGAUAGGAGUGCACCAGAAGCAUGGAAGAGAUGCAGAGAAUUCCUGGAGUGACUCUGAUGAAAAUGGAAAUUCAUCAACAUGACGUCAAGCGUUACUGUUCCUAAUUACCUUUACUCAACCAUGAAAAAUUUGGGUUUUUCCAGUUUGUUUCCCACCCCCUCCCCCAGUGUAACAGUACCUGCGGCCUUCUUCUCUGUCUCCUUCUCCUUCUCUUUGUUUCCGCUAAUUUCAUCGAUUGAGUAUGGAUUUCAUCUGAUGUGAUAUUGUUUCUUUGUUUCUGCAAUUGAGUAGAAAGUAUGAAAUUAUGAUUCCUUUCUCCUUCGCUCUUGCUACUUCAAGACAUGGAAACAGUCCUCCAGCGUUUCUAUUGCUCUGCGAUGUCUAAAUGAUCUGUUACUGUACUUUACUGUACCAAUAUUUCCAUGUCUAAUUGGCGCCC